AACGAAUGACGCUAAGGGACCACUGGCAGCGAUCCAGGCUAAAAAUGUCGGCAAUCCGGUUGACAUUCGCCGGAGAACAAAUCUUCACAUAUAUACAUGUAGCAGGAUACGACAUUCAUUAAGUCUGAGCUACAUGGCCGUAUUUGGAUUAUAUAAAAUGAAGCAAUCAAUGCAGAUGGAACGGUUUAUAAAUCGAUUGUGAGGCGACCUGAAAUUAGUGCAUGAAGUUUAUUGUGUUUAUAAAUACAUUGUGAUUUCUCAAAGAUUCGAUCUUGGAUAUAUAUAAAGUAAAUCAAAAUGUCGGAGCUAAAUGUCCGUCCGUUAUUAACAUUGCUGGAGGCAAUGAUAGACCUAGCUACCCCUAAAGUGAACGUCAAACCGGGGGGAUAUAGUGAGGAUAUAUUUAUAAACUUAACCCCCGAACAAAAAGAGGAAUUCGAGUGCUCAAUAUGUUAUCAAAUUCUAAAGGAACCGAGGCGAUGCAGUAACAGUCACAAAUAUUGCUACUCUUGUAUCUUUGUGUGGUCGACUUCAGGGCCUCAUCUAAAUCACAGGAAAUGUCCAGUCUGUCGGACAGAAGGCUACUACAUCAGGGACAGAGAAUUGGAGGAAAAGGUUGGAAACCUGAAAGUGAAAUGUCAUUUAGAAUCUUGCAAAUGGAAAGGACCUCUAAAAUUGUUAGCAAGACACACUCACACUACCUAUACCCGUACAGGUCUUCCGUUCAGGAGUAGGUUUGAUGACCACUAUCGAAGUAUGUAUAGUGAAAUAGCAGAACCGGAAGACGAUUUACCACGUUUAAACAAUGGCAGCCAUGAGUCCGGAACAAGGUUAUCACUGCGUCCACCCUCCACAGCCAACCGUCUUACACGGAGCAGAUUAUCUGGCACUCAGACCGCUAGAGAGGCCGCAAACACAGCCAUGAGUGCCUCUCCGCAACAGAGCGUGUCAGCCAUCAACACGCCGAGGACCCCUCACCCGCCCACCACACCCCGGCCGGCCGGUCAAACGGUCCGACGGGUACCAACUUUACCUAGUAUUAUCAACGGUACCAAUAACAGUAUGCAACAUGGAAGAGCAACACAAGCUCAUGAAACGCGAUCUCAACAACAAAGGUCGACAGCAACAAACGAACAUCGGCCGCAACCUCCGCAACAACCUAGAACGACAACAAGGGGAGCACGAGCAAAUCCUAGCAACCCUGGCUUCAGUAACGUCCGAGACAGACUGAGGGAGAGUAGAGAGCGACUCGACAACCUUAUGUCGGCAUUCUCCAACGAACUCGAACGAGGCCGACGCGGUCUCACUGAAUUCCAGGAAACACGUGAACGUCGGCGCCAAGAACAACUGGAGGAAGUGCGUGAACUGGGCAGACGACUGAACUAUGUUGCGACAGAGUUGCGUGGCCUGCUCGAACAAAGGCGGCAACUCCGCGAUGACUUGGAAGAAAUAUCUGAUGAAUAUGCAGAUAGCUAAUUUUAUUGUUUCCGAAGUUUUCUUACUAAAUAGUAUUAACUUUUAUUAAUUUAUUUUCAUCUGUGAUAUUUUUUUUUAAUUAUUGAUUUUUUUUCUCGCAUUUUAUUAAAAAAAAUAUCUUU